UACACGAGGUUAGAAAACGCGUUUGAGGUGGAUAGAGAUCAGCAAUAGAAACAGGCUGGACUGAGCUUGAUCUGGGAGAGGAGAGGCGAUGAUGGCGGCGGCUGUAGAGAGAGGAGGGGUCCGGGCCGCCUUUAUGAAUCCAGGCACGGGAGGAGUGGGGGUCGGGGUCGGUGUUGGGGUCGGUGCUCUCCCUUCGGUUGGACUCUCUGCUCCGGCAGUCAUGGCCGGAGCGGCGGGUUCGGGCUCUUCGGGACAUGUCCCUGUUCCUAUGAAUCUCUUUGCGACGUGGGAGAUUGACCGAUCUUCUCCGAGCUGCGUACCGAGACUGUGCAGCCUCACACUGAAGAAGCUGAUCGUUUUGAAGGAACUGGAUCGAGAACUAAACUCUGUGGUCAUCGCUGUCAAGAUUCAGGGUUCAAAACGCAUCUUGAGAUCCAACGAGUACAUGCUUCCUCCCAGUGGCUUGAUGGAGACAGACCUGGAGCUCACAUUCUCUCUACAGUAUCCUCACUUCCUGAAAAGAGAUGCUAACCGCUUACAGAUCAUGCUUCAGAGGAGAAAACGCUAUAAGAACCGGACCAUCCUGGGGUACAAGACCCUGGCAGUGGGCGUCAUCGAUAUGGCAGAGGUGAUGCAGCACCCGACAGAUGGAGGCCAGAUUCUCAGUCUCCAUAGCAACGUAAAGGAAGCCCCGGUUCGGGCGGCGGAGUUAAGUGUGUAUUCUCUGUCCAGUCAGCCUAUUGAUCCUGAGUUUGGCAGCGGACAGCCGGGAGCAAAAGCCAAGGCUUCAGAUCGCUCUCCAGAUAUGGAUAAUUACUCUGAGGAUGAUGAUGACAGCUACUCAUCAGAGCAGGAGGCCAGUGAUGAUGCUGUUCAUGCCCAGGAUCUCUACGACGAAGAUGACGAUGUUCAAAGAAAGCCAAAGAAAACACGGCGGAAAAUGAUCAGGACUACCUCUAUAACACGGCAACCAAAUUUCAAGCAGAAGUUUGUUGCCCUUCUGAAGAGGUUCAAAGUAACAGACGAGGUUCUGGAUUCGGACCCAGUGGAUCAGACUCAGGAGGUUGAAGAAGAUCUGGACCUGCUGUACGACAGCCUGGAGGUGUAUAACCAGAGCGACAGUGGUCCAGAGAUGGAGGACAAUGACAGUGUACUCAGCACUCCCAAACCUAAACUCAAGCCGUUCUUUGAGGGCAUGUCUCACUCCAGCUCUCAGACGGAGAUCGGCAGUAUGCACAGUCAGAAGAGUCAGCUUAGAGAGCAAAGUGCUUCUGGUGGAGAGAUGCUGGCAGUGGAAAAGGACAGAGCUGCAGUUGGGCGGUACCAGGAAGAGAUAUGUGUAGUGGAAGCUGUAGCGGGGGAGACGGUCGAGGAGGAAACGGGAGCUGGAGGAGCGCCAUGCCAACACGAUGCCAACCUGAGCUGGGACGUAAGCACAGAAAAACUGGCCAGCUCAGUGGGCAAAAUGUCCAAGACCGAGUCUCAGACUGUGAUGUCACCAAGUAAAACAGACAGUAAGCUGCAAAGACGACCACGCAGCACCUCUAUGAAGGACAGACAAACCUCAAAAGCACAGAGCGACCGAACCAGUAGCAUCGACAGUGAAACCUCACCUGAGUCCAGACUCAUUGUGCAGGUUCCCAGGAAAUCUGUGUAUGACCAACUAAAUCAGAUCCUCAACUCUGAUGAGCAGCUACCUGAGAGCAUCAUACUCAUUAACACUACCGACUGGCAGGGCCAGUAUCUGAACGAGAUCCUCCAUGAGCACAAGCAGCCCAUCGUCUCAACCAUCUCCGCUGCUGAUGUUCAGGCAGCCUUCAACACCAUUGUCACCCGAAUUCAGAGAUUCUGUAAUUGCAAUGCCCAGACGCCACCCACGAUCAAGGUGGCGGUGGCAGGAGAUCAGAGCUACCUUAGCACUGUGCUGAGGUGCUUUGUGGAGCAGCUUGCUAAUAAGACUCCCGACUGGCUAAGCUACAUCCGCUUCCUCAUCAUUCCUGUCGGCUGCCACCCUGUGGCGAAGUACAUCUCAUCUUUUGAUAACAAGUUCAGCAGCAUCUUCUUGGAUGCCGGAUGGAGAGAUGUGUUCGGGAGGUUGGAGGCUCCAACAUCAGAUAACAUUGAUGUAGCUGGUCGAGUGUCUCAAUACCUGGCUGGAGCAAACAUGUCCCAUCACUUCCCCAUCUCUGAGGCCAUGCUAACCUACAAACAAAAAAGCCCUGACGAGGACUCCUGUCAGAAGUUUGUGCCAUUUAUUGGGUUGGUAAAGGUUGGCAUUGUGGAGCACAACCUGUCCACAUCAGUGGACUCUGAUGAUGCCAAUGUGAUGGGCAGUAUCAACAUGCUGUCCUCGCCUCCAGUCCAGACGGGGGCACCAUACGGAAAAGACAUGACCUGCACUCCUCCCUCCUCUCCCUCCGUCUCAGCCAAUCUCUCUGGAGCAGGUUCUCCAGGCUCAGGCGGGGAGGUGAUGGGACUGCAAGUGGAUUACUGGACAUGUCAUGCUGUGGAUAAAAAAAAAGAUGUGGAGAAGAGAGACGUGGGAAUGAAGAACACCCUGAAGAGUAAUUUCCGCUCCCUGCAGGUGUCUCGGAUCCCCAGCGUUGGAGAGCUCACCCCUCCUCCUGGCAUGGCCAUGACAGUCGUUAUGAAGGAGAAAAAUAAGAAAGUGAUUUUCCUCAGCAAGAAGCCGAAAGAAAGGGAUGUAGACUCUAAGAGCCAAGUGAUUGAUGGCAUUAGCAGGUUGAUCUGCACAGCCAAACACCAACACACCAUGCUGAAAGUUUCUAUUGAUGGCGUGGAGUGGCACGAUGUGAAGUUUUUCCAGCUGGCUGCGCAGUGGCCCACCCAUGUAAAGCACUUCCCUGUGGGAAUAUUCGGCUACAACAAAUCUCUGUGACAACGGAGCCGGUGCCAAACUUUCUCUGGCGCACUUCUUACAACCCGAGAGAGAGACUGCCUAGAAAUGAAACGUGGAUUUUCCUGUGGAAACGCUCCAAAUGCUCCUGUGUCCCUCAAACUAAAACCAAUGUUCUUCUUGUUACUUUGUUGUUUUUAGGUGUUGCACCAGCAAACAGAAGAAAGCUGUUUGUAAAAAAAUAUCUUAAUAUGCUGCCAGUUUUGUAUACCUGUUGUGGUUAGAAUUUUAUAGCCACCAUGUAAUGGCAGCUUGGUUUUGCACUUCUUUUUUUUAUUUUGGUAAAAUCCUGUG